GCCAGAAGUUCAAUUUUUUUAAAAAGCAAAAUAAAAAUCUGAAAGAUCGUGGUAUCUGCUAAUUUUUGAUUUUUCAUCGGUAAUAAUCAGGUCAAUGUUUGAAGAGAAGAACUAGGAGACACAGAUAAAAUUCCAAACAAGGUGUUUAUCUCUAAACCAAGGAAUAUUUGAAAUUUAUUCGUAGAAAAUUCUGUCCAACCAUUUAAGAAGCAUGUUCAUUUCCUUAAUCCUAUCUAUUCAAACAUCAGCAAAUAUCAGGUCAUGGUUACUUUGCUAAAAACAGAUUUGCCUUACAACAAAACUUUGCCCAAGUUAAUGCUGAAUCAAAUAAUUGAAAAUACAUCCUUUUUUGAAAUGACGCCCUUAGAUAAAAGUCAAUACGAGAUAAAGGUCCUUCCUAUGCAAGGUAACAUCACCUUAUAUCAAUCGGUUUCCAACUCAUAUAUCAUGAAUACAGGAACUUGUUUAAGCUGGACACCUAGAGCCAUGUGCGGAAAUGGUUCUUGUUCUUAUUGUUCCGAGCAACCUAACGCUACAUGUGAUACACAAACAAUUUGUGAAGAUUGUAACAAAGCCAAGUUUACCCUUAAUGGAACAGCCGUGGAUUGCAAAAACGAGGGUCUCAAAGUGAAAAAAGUAAAUUUCAAGAUGACUGAAAACAAAACCAAUGUGCAAUUAGACAUCGAUGACAGCCAUAAGGAUGUCAAGAAUUACCAAAUAGUUCAAACUAAUCAUCCAUCUGGAAACGUUUCUUCUCAUUCAUUAACGAUUGAUGAUUUUGAUUUCCACAUCGAAAAUAACACCAUGCAUUGUUUUACCAUUACACCCAGAGUUUUUUAUGCAAUAUUGGUGAAAGAAGCUACCUAUGAAUUCUGUUACGUCAAUAUUAAAGAUCAAGAAUAUCUAAGAUGGAUUAGCCUAAAUAGGGAAUAUGUAGGCAUGGUUAUUAAAAAUGGAACUAAUGAAUUUAUUUGCGCCCAUUGUAACAAAGAUGACAACAUUUUGAAUGACUUUCAAUGUUUUCGGUGCAAGAUUGUCAUCACCAACCGUGAUGAUUUAGAUAUUGUCAAAUUAUUGAAACAAUGAAAAAAAUACAAUACAUCAAUUUUUUUUUUACUAUAUUAAAU